CUCCGUGGAGCCUCGUCUAAGGUUGUCUGAGUGGAGAAAGUAAUGAAGAUGGAAGGAGCUGAUGUUGAUGAAUUAUUGAGGAGAUUUAUGGAGUAGCGAAGUGAUAGCAGUUUACUCGUCUUGUCGGAACGAUCGAGGACAGCGGCAGCAGGAAGCAGGAAGUUGACCGAUAGCAUGCCCGUAGAGGUGACUCCACUGCAGAUGAGGGAACAUGUUGGCUAUGGACCAAGGAAUGGUGGAGGAAUGGCUCUCAGAAUUUAAGACCCUCCCUGAUAGUGCUGUGCCUACCUAUGCUGCCUCACUAAAAGACAAAGGUGCCCUUGUCCCUGCACUCUACAAGGUCAUCCGAGAGAACUACAGCGAUUUGCUAGAGCCAGUGUGCCACCAGUUAUUUGAGUUUUACCGAAGCGGUGAGCCGCAGCUGCAACGUUUCACGCUACAGUUCCUGCCAGAGCUCCUGUGGAGCCUCCUGUCCGUCAGCGCAGCCAGAGACCCUCACACAUCCGGUUGCAUCGAGGCCCUGCUGUUGGGCAUUUACAACCUGGAAAUAGUUGAUAAAGAUGGACAAAGUAAAGUAUUAUCUUUUACUGUCCCUUCCCUCUCCAAACCAUCAGUAUACCAUGAGCCCUCAGCCAUCGGCUCCAUUGCCCUUACAGAGGGGGCUCUAGCCAAUCACGGGCUGAGCAGGGUGGUGUACAGCGGACCACACCUCCAGAGAGAGACCUUUACAGCACAAAACAGAUUUGACGUGCUGACCUUCCUGCUGCUGUGCUACAACGCUGCGCUCAGCUACAUGACCGCCCCCUCCCUCCAGUCCCUCUGCCAGUUCAGCUCCAGGGUGUGUAUAUGCGGUUACCCGCGGCAACAGAUGCGCCGCUACAAAGGCAUUAGCACACGGCUGACGGUCACGUCAGAGUUCCUGGUUCAGCUCAUCACAGGGAUACACUACGCCUUGUGUAAUGGGGAGGUUGAACUGGGAUCCAAAGCACUGGAUGACGUUCUGUAUCGGGCCCAGCUGGAGUUGUUCCCUGAAGCUUUAUUGGUUGGUAAUGCCAUCAAGUCGUCACUGCACGGCGCUGCACUGAAGAACAACAACAAGGAGGGUGCACGGAGUAUCCAGGUGGAGAUCACGCCCACCUCCUCCAGGAUCUCCCGAAAUGCUGUCACCUCCCUCUCUAUCAGGGGACACCGCUGGAAGAGACACGAAUCCCAGGAGGUGAGUGUAGACAGUGAUGCUGCAGUGGGGGGCGUGGCCGUCCCCGAGAUCAGUGUGACAGGUGUGAGCGGCGAGCGAAUGCCCAAUGGAGAUUCCCUGCGGCCGCGCCCUGACGGCCGUGCUCAGCCCGACUGCGACCCGUUGGGCGGCGCCUCCGAGGUCAGCAUGGAUCCCCGUGGUCAUGAUUCCGGCACGCGGGGUCAGGAGGUCAGGAGGCAGAAGUCUGUGAGGCGAAUGGUGGAGAAUGAGGGUUCUGGGUCGGCCUCCACAGGGAGGAGCCAGUACUAAGGUCCAGCCCCUCCUUCCCACUGCCCCGCUCUCGGGGUAACCUAGACGCAGUGGAUCUGGGUUCCCCGGAUGAGCUGAUGGAUAUUUCUGAGGUGGAUGAAGGGGUGUGGCCAAGCGGGAUGGGGCCGGACAUUACCACACCCACCAUCACAAUUAGCAACAGUGUUACCACGUUGAACCUGGGGGCCAAGGCCAUGAAGAAGUGUCGGCUCGGCGGGCGCACCAGCAAGGACAAGGAAGCAGGCCUUCUAACAAUGGGCCGGGCCGCCAGCGAAAACGCGGACCUCUCUGUCAAGCGACUGACGCUCACUUCCAGCCAAUCGGUGCCCAAGGCAGGAGCUCUCACCAACCUGACACGCACGGCCAGCGCCGUCUUCUCACGUUCCUUCGAACAGGUGGCCAGCAGCAACGCCCCUCCCUCCAGCAAUCACACCGCCUCUGAAGUUGGCCGCUAUUCAUGCGGCCUGCAGGAGGAUGGACUGGGGUACUUGAGUCCGGCGCCAAAUCACAAGCAACGCUCUCCAAGCAUCAGCGUGCACCUUGGCUCUGACCUUUGAACCCUGCGUGACUCCUGACAACCUAAACCCUCGCCUCUGAUCCUGUGACCCUGUACCUGUGACCUGGAACUCCAAGCCAUGCCAACUGCAGCAGAUCAGAAACAAUGAACAAACACUCCUGCUGGUUCUCUCCUCGCUCCAUCCUAACGUCUGAUUCUCUGUGCUGUAAAGCUGCCCUGCUCCUCUCCCCCAGCAGAGUCUCCUCUGGGCAUGAUGGAGGCCGGAUGUCAGGAAUGUCACUUCCAGCUUCACUGACUUAAUAGUGCACGGCUGCUGUGAAGUCAUGCCAGCAAAAAAAUGUUUAAAAAAAUGCACUCCAUCGCAGAGCAACCUGUCUGUAAAUGGGUGCACUUGGAACUUAUUACUAAAAAAACUGUGUGGAAAAGUUUUUGGAAAGUAUUUUAAUCGGCAUUUGUUGCCCUGCAUGGCUUUUCCAUACGUCCAUCCUGACCUUGCCCAGGUUUGUCAGAGGGCAGAUGCUUGAGUGUGUUGACUGGAUGUGUGUAUGUCCAAUUGUUUUUUAGAGUAAAGGCUGCUGAUUGAUACAAUGAACAAGGUAUGGUUCUCAAAGUUGAAACUACUUAAAAUAAUGGAUCCCUUCCCAUAGCAGUACAAAUCUCAGUGUUUUUUUUUCCAUUCACACUCCUUCGUUUUUUCAACAGUUACAGUUUUGCUCCAGAGAAUCUGCAUUCUUCCUCAACACGUCAGAAAAAUGACCACUUAAUAAUCAACCAGUAUGUUAAGAAUUCAUUAUGUUUACAAUCGCACAGUAUUGUGAUUGUGAUGGAGAAGCAAUAUAUGUGUCCUUCCCUCUCGCUCCUUUAGCACCUUCCUGAAUUGCUGUUCUAUGGCAAAAAUAAAACGUCAAACUUCUGACAAAUGAUGAAGAUGAUUUUGACUUUGGGGAUAAUGGGUGUAAAUGAUUUGUUGUUGUAUUGAAUUUUGCACUUGAAAGAGCACAGAAGUUGUGUUUCAACUUUGGUAUUUUCUUAUGAUGAACAAGAGAGGUCUGACUCAACUGUUCCCGUGAGAGAUGUGAUGUGUUGCUCCCUGCGUGCUUUUGACCACCCAGACAUGAAGUCCACCUCCUUGUACACAGGUGAAAUAAGGUGAUAGUUCUGACUAAAGAUGUAAAAUGUCGACCAAAACUGUAACUGAUCCUAUUCCUGUGUGUUUGUGUGUGGGGGUGGGGGGAGGGCAACAACAACAACAACACUGCAUCUUUCCUCUUUUCUGAUCCACCCACCACCCCAGCUGUUUGUAGUACUUUGGUGAUGUGUUUCCUUUGUCCCACCAUUAUCAUCACGUCAUAAUACAUGGUGAUAUUCUCUUGUACCAAAAAGGGAAUUAAACUCCACACAUUCUCUUACAUUUGGUUUCCUAAAUGAAGCUGCCACACCCUCAAACAAAAGUGUGUUCUGUUGUCGGUGUCCUAGAGCUGUCGAGUGUCUGUAGCUUGGUGGGACCAUAACAAUCAUCGUGUUUCUGUAUGUGGGUUUACAGAAUGUGAAUGGGUAAGCUCAUGUUGUACAUCAUACUGUUGUACUAAAGUUGAUUUGAAUUGGCCUUUCUAUGUCUGAAGAUAACUCAUUGCUACAACUUCUCGGAAUAAAGUGUUUCUAUAUUUCA